AUGCAUAUGGAUCAGCAAAGCCCCCUGGUGGAUGGUCUCUCUCUAAAAGAACUGGGAGAUAGUGUGCUGGUGGAGAUCGAACCUCUGAGAAGAAGAAUCCACUUUCUUAAACAUGUGGAGUAUCGGAUUAUUAGCAAGUGUUUCCAGAUUCCGGUUAACCGCAGGUUCAGUGAUUUCGAACUCUUCCACAGUCUGUUAGUGCAGAAGUUUAUCUACAGGAUGGUUCCGCCUCUGCCACCAAAACGCAUCCUUAAAGGCGUUUUAAACUCAAUAUCAGACAGAGAGUUUAAUGACAGCCGUCGACGUGGGUUACAAAGGUUCAUGACCUUAGUGAUCAGACAUCCAGUUCUAGCGGGAGAUGAACUGGUCAGCAUCUUCCUGCAGGCGAGCAGUGCAGAAGUUCAACACAAGCUGCGUGAAGCACUUAAGAAAUCAGGUGAUGAGUUCCUGACCUCACAGAUGGCUUUGCAUGGCAAGGUGUAUCUGCCAGAGGACAUGCAUAGCCAGGCUGCCACUAAUCGAGAGGUCAUUGCAAACAUCCACAACAGUUUCCAUAAACUCAGAGACGUUGCUGAGCGGAUGGCACAGCGCUCAAGAGAAAACUCCACAGAUCUGCUCAUGUUUGGCAAAGACCUGAGUGAACUGGGCUCAGACACAUCAGAUCUUCCAGCGAGCGCUGCGCUUGGCAAAGCAUGGAAAACACAGAGGAAAUCACUCGUGGAGAUGUCUGGAGAAUUUGGCCUUCUUGCAGACAAAGCAGCACAUCAGGGCACCAGAGAGGAAGAUGAAGUGGUUGAAAAACUGAACCUUCUCCUUGAACAGCUGCAGUCGUAUAAGGAACUGUGUGAUCGCCAUGACAACGGUGUGUUAAUAGAGCAUCAGAGGGCCUUCGAAAAGCGCAGCGGGCCUAUGGCUACACUCCUGAAGAGACAGAGCAGCAUCGAGCAGCCCAAUUGUCUACUCACACAGCAGGAAAACACAAUCCUCACCAUGGAGAUGAGGAACUAUUUCUCUCUUCUGUGUCUACAUCAAGAAACUCAGCUCGUCUUCACCCAUCUGCCCCUUAUAACUAACAUACUGGGGACAUUUGUCAACUCGCAAAUACAAGGACACAAAGAGAUGGGUGAUGUUUGGGGUGACCUUCAUCCAAAACUGAAGUCUCUGUUCGACAACACUAAUGAAGCCUCAUCUCGCUCUUCUUCUCAAACACACAUCUCUACUAAACGAAGACUCGUGCCAUCAGUGCUCCUCACAUAACCAGAAAAUCUCUGUGAGCCUCUGAGAUCAGUGAUUACGGAGUCAUUUUGUGUUUACCUUCAAACUUUGACCUUUGUAAAUAUGGAAAUACUUGGUAAAUAAUAUGGAAUACAAU